AUGAUCAACUUGCUGAUCUCCGCUCUCGCACUCGCCGGCGCCGUCUCCGCCAGCCCGUUCCCCCAAAACUUCUGCCCUGCCGGCUGCGACGUCAUCGUCACCGAGCACCCAAACCCAGAUCCCCACCAGACCUACUUCUUCCAGCAGAUGACGAAGCCACACAGCUGCGCCGGCAACCCGGGCUGCGAAAUCUCCAAGUCCGAGGUCGAGGGCAACGUCGUCAGCUUCGGCGCCAGCAUCAGCGGCGCCGGCUGGAAUCAGCGCCCGGCCUCGAGAUCUCGCAGUACGAGGAGUCGGGUGAGGUGCAAACCUGCUACGGCGACCCGGACGACCCCAUCUGCGUCUUCUGGGCGCACCCGCCAGCACCCAUGUACACGGUCAACCACCAGUCUAAACAGGUGCUGCCUGCCCGGCCCCUACGCGCCCCGUCGUCAUCACCUCGCCGAACGCGGGUGGCUGGAGCGCCAGAAUGGCGGUGUUACGGUGUCUGGUGGCCCUCAGUCGUGGCCUUUUGGUAACCAGCACCUUGGCAUCGUUCCUGACAUGGACGAGAUUCCUCCCCGUACCGCUGGCAAGGUUUGA